AAUAUGGCGAAUUCACGACGUGCUGUCGCUGUCGGCAGCGACGGCAGCAACGGUAGCGGCCCGUAGCGGCGAUAGCAGCAGCAGUAGCGCGUCACGCUGUGUCGCAUGCGCGCUGUUAUGUGAACGUCGCGAACAUUGGUUCUUUGCGCCGGCGUCCAACGUUACUACAAAUUGCUAAAAAUACUUUGUAUCUUGCUCUUUGCUUACGUUCUUCCGUAUUUUCUUCUCUCUUUCCUUCUCUCCUUUCUCUCUCAAAAAAGGAUGAAUAUUUCGAGCAAAUGAAUACAGAAAAUGCAACUAACGUCAAUUGUAGAAAAUUAAAUAAACAGACAUUUCUCCUCGAGCUAUAUACUGUUAGAUUGGAAAAAUGUUAAAAGUGCAAGCAAAUUGAACAAAAUGUCCUCUGUACAAGUGGAUCGUCCUCUAAAAGUGGGUCAAAGCAACAAGAAGGAGAAUGAAAAAGCUAGAAAAGUCUCUAAUCUCUCAUACAAAAAGCACAACAAGCAUGAUGAUAAUCGCUAUUUUAAAUUCAGUAAUAGAAAGCGACCUCAAAGCAGUUUCUGCAACAACGGAAAGUCCUUUCCUCCCUACAAACGUAGAAAGAAGGAAGGUGUCAUUAUUCCUCCCACAAAAUUUUUGCUCGGAGGCAACAUUUGUGACCCCUUAAAUCUAAAUAGCAUGCAGGAUGAAGAAAUAAAUCGAGCUAUGAAUGCAGUGACUCCAAAAUCAAGUCCACUUCCUACUCCAAAGCAUAAAAAAGAAAUUAUUGAAGUGAUUAUUCCUCCAAAUAUUUGUGAUCCUUUGAAUUUGAUAAAUUGUAACGAUAACGAAGAAUAUGAAAAACAGCUCAUUUCGCCUACUAAAAGAAAUUCGAAACGAAGAAAUAAGAAGAGAAAGAGAGCUUUUUCUGGAUCUGGAAAAGAUGAAGGAAAAAUGGCUGAGCCUAAUGAAAAAUCAAGAGAAACUGGAGGAAAUGGUACAGUGGAACUUUCAACAGAAAGAUUUUCCAGUGAAAAAAUUAAUUUAGAAGAUGCACUAAAUAUACAAAGUGAAAAUUGUCAAAAAGAAAAUAAAACAGAAAGUCCACAGAAAGAUAAAAAUAGAUUACGAUUAAAAGGUUUAGAGGAAAUAAAGGAUAAAAGAUUGAGAAAAAUUGAUGCAAAAGAUAAGAUAGUGAGCCCUGUUAUUCCUCAGCCUGGUGCAUGGAAGCCCAGACCUCAACAUCGACCCAGUCAGGAUAAAAAGAAGAAGCAACAGCUUGCAAUGCCUAAUUUUAGACUUAAAGAUGCUAGAUAUCAAUAUGGAAACUACAAUAGAUAUUAUGGAUACAGAAAUCCUCAUCACGAAAUAGAUCCUAGAUUAAAUGUGUUUGCCCAGCGAAAGGAAUUAUUUCUACGAAAGGACAUUCUAGAUAUUGGUUGCAAUAUUGGCCAUAUUACUUUAUCAGUUGCCAGGGAUUUUGGUGCUAAGAGUGUUACAGGGAUUGAUAUUGAUAGAACUUUGAUAAAUAUUGCACGAAAGAAUGUAAAACACUAUGUUAAUUGCGUGCAAAGUCCUGCAAGCAAUGAAGAUAAUGACAAGAGAGAUUCUUCAGAUGCUAGUUUCUUUCCUUUGUCAAUGCCAAUUAGUUAUGGACCCGUAGAUAUUCCAGGAUUUACCAAAAACAAACAACAUAAAGGAUUCCCAUAUAAUGUCACUUUUGUGCAGGGUAAUUAUGUACUUGAAAACGAUUCACUUCUAUGUGCGGAACAGUCGCAAUUUGACACAAUCUUAUGCUUGUCUAUCACCAAGUGGAUUCACUUGAAUUUUGGCGAUGCUGGGUUAAAACAAGCUUUCAAACGCAUGCACGCACAAUUACGUCCUGGUGGCGUUCUUGUACUGGAACCUCAGGGUUGGGCCAGUUAUACUAAGAAAAAGAAUCUCACGGAACGGAUAUAUAAAAAUUAUCACAGUAUUGAAUUCCGGCCGCAUAAUUUUACACAAUAUCUUUUAUCUACUGUUGGCUUUUGCAAAUGCGAAGUUGUCUCUAUACCACCUCAUCUCUCUAAAGGAUUCCAACGACCUAUACAUCUGUUCACCAAGGCUGGCAGCCCAUCUUCCACUAUAAGUGACCGUGUUGACGAUGAUGUUACAAGCACUACGCUACAGAGUCGUCAAGAGAGAAUGACGAGAAAAGAUCAAGAAGAACGUCACGACAUGGAAAGGUUCGAGUAUGAGCAGAAAUUAUUCCCAAAAAUAAAUAUCAAUAGAGGUAAUACGUCAGAUAGUGAGGUGACAACAGGAGAAUUGAAUCAAUAUGAGCAAUUGGCGAACUUUUACGCGCCCAGUGCGACACCUAACUAUGAUACUCCGAGCCGUAAUAGUGAUAGUCAACCUUUGGAUAGUCAACCUCCGGACAUAACGAGGAUAAAAGAAGAGAAAGAAGAAAAUUUAUAAAUGACAAAAAGAAGGAAAAGAUUGGAAAAGAAAAGAAAGAAGAGAAAAAUAAGAAAAUUAAUAUAUUAAUUCAAAAAGAAACAAAAAAGAACGACGAGGAUAAUUAAAAGGAAGAGAAAAAGCAAAAGAAAAAAAAGGAAGAGAACUGAGAGAAGAAAGAAAAGAAAAUUUAAGUACUAAUAAAUGGAAAAAGAAUGAUACAUAUUUUCACACAUCUAUAGGACGGAAAAUUAAAGUAAAAUUGACUUGAAAUUAUCAUCCCUUUUUUUCUAAAAAAAAAUUUUUUUAAUUUCGUAAAUCCAUUUUACGCUUUAGCUUAAUUUUUAUUUUUUGAAUAUUAUAAAUUUUAUUUUAACUUAUCAAAUAUUUGUUUGCAUAGAUAUGAAAUAUCAAUACAAAAAAUAUGUGACUAUGAAUGUUAAAAGAAAAGAAGAUAACAAUUGAAUAAUUAGCAUGUAUUUAUAGAGUUGUUUAAUAACUUCGAUUUCUCUACUUUAGAUAUUUUUCUGUCCUUUUUUCUUUCUUCUUGACUUUUAUAUAUAUAAAAGUUUAAUUAAUAUGUUAAUAGACGUAGCGCGCGCCUUUAAUAUGACGAUUUCAUCCUUAUAAUAAUAACGAUAAGAGCAAGACUCGGUUUUAGCUACUAAAAAUAUUUAAAAUUAAUUCUCAUUACUGAAAUUACACAACACUGGAUCUUAGCAAAAUUAUAUAAAAUGAGAAACUUAUAGAGGUUGCAGCUGAGAUAUCGGUUCAAUCUAUAGAUUAUAAAAAGUUGUAAAUUUUUGUGUAAUACUAGAAUUAAAUUAGAUUAGCUCAGAUUAUAUUUUAUUCGAUUCUUACGAUAUCAAGUCUGUUUAUCUUGAUUAGUACUGUUUAGUAUUCCCUGUGCACUUUUUUAUUUUCUUCUCUCUUUCCCUUUCCAUUUCCCAUCUUUUAAAAGUGUGAAUAUUAGACUGAGUAAAAAACUUGUUCCUUUUUUGUUUUUGUUUGAUUAAUUAGAGAUGAGAUAUAAUCAGAAAUAAACCUUUUGAUCGAUUUAAUGAGAAAUUCAAUCUGAUACUUGAUAUUUGAUGGAGAAACUUCUAAAAAUCCUUCAAGUCGAUAUUUUUACACAUACAUACAUAGAAAUAAACAUUUUUUCAUUACACAGUGUUAUAAUUUGGACUGAAAUUAAUAUGCAUUAAUGAUGGAAUAAAUUUUCUAGCUCGAGUAAAGUGAGCUUUACUUUAGAUCUUGAUUAUUUUAUUUCAAAAAUUUAAAUUUUUUAUUCAAAUUUUUCAUGUUUUAGAAAUUUACACAUAUCUCAACAAUAUUAAUAGUAAUUUACAAUAUCUAUUUACCCUAUACCAAUCGUUUUCUCUGUGACCGAGCAGCAUUAAAAAAAACUGUUCAUUAUCAUUCUUACAUAGACCGGUAUAACAUGUGUAACAUCAAAAAAUGGCCAAGAUUAUAACACUGCAUUUAAGUAUGAUCAUCAAACUUUGAAAAUACUAAACUGCGCACUUGCUUAUUAUUAUUAGAGAAGCUUUGUAAAGAAAGAAAAUUAUUAACGAGUUUGCCUAUAUUUUCUCUAGUAAUUUAUUUCAUACAUAUGUACUCAAAAAAGUACAGUCGUUCUUAUUGUACAUUGUAUCAAGAAAAAGAUAAAAAUAUUACUAUUUCUUGUGAAUCUCUAAUGCGUAAUCCAGUAUUACUAGAGCAAGUAUUUUAAUAACUAUUAUUGUAUUAAGUAUUAAAUACAGUCCGAAUUUUUUGCAAUAAUAUAUGUAGAUAUUAAUUUUAUUAAAAAAUUAAUUUUUUGUUCUUAUUUAUUAAUGUAAGAUAAUUGUAUAAGAAAACAACAAACGGAUGCGUAUUAUGUUAAUAAAUUUAUAGAUAGUUAAAUAUUUGUACCGAGAUUUAUAAAUUUAUUGAAUUAAAAACAUAUAUUAGGUUGAUCAA